GAUAUACAAGCUUGGUGUGCAUAUUAGGGUUUAUGCUUUAAAGUGAGAAAAUGAGGAGAGAAAGGUUGGGUUUCGGUUUUGCUCUUGCAGUACUGAGCUUGUGGUGCUCAAUGGAGGUUGCGGUUGAGGCGGCAUGGUCAUUGCAGACUCCGGUGAACCUGGUUUGGCAUUACUAUAAGGUGCAUAAUACAUGUGAUAAUGCAGAGGCUUAUAUUAGGCACCAAGUGGAAUCGUUUUAUAAGUAUGAUAAAACUAUUGCACCUAAGCUUCUUCGCUUGCUGUAUGCGGAUUGUUUUGUAAAUGGAUGCGAUGCUUCAGUCCUGCUAGAUGGGCCGAAUUCGGAGAAGACUGCACCACAGAACAGGGGACUGGCAGGGUUCGCGUUCAUCGACAAGAUUAAGACGGUGCUUGAAGCUCGUUGCCCAGGCGUUGUCUCUUGUGCUGACAUUCUUAACCUCGCCACUCGAGAUGCUGUUCAUUUGGCAGGAGCACCGUCUUAUCCCGUAUAUACAGGGAGAAGAGACGGGAUGACAUCGACCAAGGACUCCGUUGAUCUCCCUUCACCAUCCAUCUCCUGGGAAGCUUCUCUCACUUAUUUCCGAUCAAGAGGCUUGGAUGUGUUGGACAUGACAACCCUAUUAGGAGCACAUUCCAUGGGGAGAACACACUGCAGCUUCAUUGUGGAUAGGCUGUACAAUUUCAAUGAUACAGGAAAGCCAGAUCCAAGCAUGAAGGCGUCAUUGUUGGAAGAAAUGAGGAAGCUAUGUCCGCCAAAAACUAAAAAGGGCCAACCCGACCCGCUCAUAUUUCUAAACCCAGCAUCCGGAUCCAAAUAUAGUUUCAUCAACUCCUACUACUCCAGAGUGUUAACCAAUGAAGCUGUCCUUGGAGUUGAUCAGCAGCUACUCUAUAACGAAGAUACUAAGCAAAUCACUGAAGAAUUCGCUGCCGGGUUUGAAGAUUUCAGGAGAUCAUUUGCUCUUUCCAUGAGUCGAAUGGGAAAUAUCAAUGUUCUAACAGGUAAGGAAGGUGAAAUACGCAAAAAUUGCAGAUUUCCAAACAAAAAAUAGGCGAGUCACUCGGCUCAGGGAGGAAUGAUUCAUAAGCAUAAAAUUAUAGUGAUGAUUGUCAUUGAAAUGCCCAACGUCUUGGAUUAAGGUAUAGCAUUAAUAUCAUAAAUAUCAAUAAAAAACAAAAAAAUGGCAACUAUUUUCUUUCCACAAAUAAAUUGUAUAACUUGUUCAAUCCUUCAACUAAACUGUCCUACAGAAAAGUUAAAAGUUCAAUUAUCUAAUAACUACACAGUAUUAUUUUU